GGUUUUCUGAAAUAUGUGAAUGAACCCAAGACAGAGACAGAGUUGAUCAUAAUGAGUCUUCAGUCUGAGUGAUAACCGAGAGAAAUCAUGCAGCAUCAGAAUGGCAUCCAGAUCUAAAUGUCCUGUGAGGUGCUCAGUCUCAGACCGGAGAUAUUCAGAAGCUGUGGAGGCGCUGAUGUCCAUGAACCUCCAGCAGAGAGCGUCCUCUGAUGUGUGUGAAGACCCCCAGCAGUCCAGCACACAGGUUAUGUCAUGCAUGACUCCACCGUCCAGCCCGGACAGCGACCCGCACCCGGGGUCAGAGGUCACGGCUUCACCCGAGGCCAGAUCUCAAGCGGUCAGCGUGAUCCGGCACACGUCAGACGCCGACCGUGCUCCGCUCAGACCUCCAGCAGAUCUCCCAUCAGCCCCUGCUGCAGUCUUCCAGAUGCUUCCGGUGCCAGCGAGCUCCGGCUCUCCUCCGGCAUCGGUGCUGUUCGUGGCCGAAUCUUCAGUCCUGGUGAUUCUGCCCCCUAAACUAACAUCCACAGCACCUUCACUGGGUCUGAAGUUCCCCGCCAUCGCUCCGGCUCCGGUCCGAGACUCGUCCGCAAACAGAGCCGCGUCUGGAGCCGUCCCAUCACGGCCCCGUGAUCACAUCUGCACCCAUCCCGACUGUGGGAAGACGUACUUCAAAAGCUCCCACCUGAAAGCACACCUGAGGACACACACAGGUGAGAAGCCGUUCAGGUGCUGCUGGGACGGCUGUUUGCGGCGGUUUGCCAGAUCUGAUGAACUGUCUCGUCAUCGGCGCUCUCACACAGGAGAGAAGCGCUUCUCCUGUCCCGUUUGCCACAGCCGCUUUGUGCGGAGCGACCACCUGGCAAAACACACACGCCGUCAUCUAACCGCCCGGAGAACGCCGCUGUGGCAGAAGGAGGUUUACCGUCUUCACAACAUCAGAAACCUGCAGCCUCUGGCUCCUAAAACUGAGAGCUGACGGGUCCUUCACAGCUUCACCUUUAACUGUUUAUGUAUAUAUAUAUAUAUAUAUGCACUACUGUUCCAAAGUUUGGAAUCAUUAGGACUUUUUAAAAAUGUUUUUGAUAUGUUUGCUGCAUUUGUUUAUUAAAAAAAUACAGUAAAAUCAGCAAUAUUGUGAAAUAUUAUUAGAGUUUUAAACAACUGUUUUCUGUGUGAAUCUCUGUUAAACUGUAAUUUAUUUCUGUGAUGCACAGCUGAAUUUUCAGCUUCAGUCUUCAGUGUCACAUGAUCAUCAGAAAUCAAAAAUAUCAAAAAUAUAUUUUUUUUGUGGAAACUUUGACUAUUAAAGGAACAGCAUUUCUUAGAAACCGAAACGUUUGGGAUUUCUGAAGAUCAUGUGACACUGAAGACUGGAGGAAUGAUGCUGGAAAAAAUACAUCAGGAAAAGUUCAUUUAAACUUUAAAGUUCAUACUUCAGAAAUCGUUCU